AUGUCAUUCAGUACACCACUGUUACUUCCUGAAAUAGAAGACUCGCCAGGGGACCGUCUCCAUUACCAGAAUGGACAUUUCCGAGAUCCAGAGAUGGAAGGUCUCACAUUGUAUGAAAAGAAAGCCCUGCUUGUCAAUCGUGAAUUGGAUUCCCACGGCAUGGGGAAAUACCAAUGGUACAUCUUCUUCCUAUGCGGGUUCGGCUACCUUGUAGACCUUCUUUACGCCCAAGCCUUUGGCCUCGUGGAGCCAGCGAUGCAACAGGAAUUUGGCUUUGGACCUCAAGAUUCCGGCCACAUUUUCUCUUCCUUCUCAGCAGGACUGACAGCUGGGGCAUUUGUCUGGGGCGUUUUGGUAGACAUCAUUGGCCGCCAGUACGCCUUUAACCUGACAGUCUUGAUCUCUUCGGUCUUCGGUUUGUGCCUUGCAGCGCCAUCCACUUACAAUGGAGUCCUCGUUCUCACAGCUUUCGUGGGUUUUGGUGUUGGAGGGAACAUUCCGAUUGAUACCACAAUAUGUUUGGAGUUCCUCCCUCAAAACCGCCGCUUUCUUCUAGCUAUGCUCUCAAUCUUUCAGCCUCUUGGCGUAGUCAUUUCAUCGGGCAUAGCAUAUGGGUUCAUUCCGUUCUACUCUUGCGGAAACGGCGCAGAUCAGAAACCACUUCCGGCUUGUAGUAGCAGUACGCUUGCUCCUGGAGCGCCUUGUUGCACGAAAGCUUCGAACAUGGGUUGGAGAUACACGUUAAUCUGCCUUGGGGCCAUCUGCGUAACCAUUUUCUUCCUACGUUUUGUUGUGUUCCGUUUCCAAGAGUCUCCAAAAUUCCUACUCUAUAGGGACAGAGAUGACAAAGCCGUAGAGGUGCUUCAAAAGAUUGCCAAAUUCAAUGGUCGCGAGAGCAGCAUCACUCUGGAAAGUUUUGAGGCUUUGACCAACGAGCACGCAUCUAUGGUCAACAGAGAUACUGAUAUGCCGAUACCCAAUGCGGGAAUGGAGGAGCGCACGAGCACCUGGGUCGAAAAGAUCAAGAUUGAAUUGCAAAGGUGCAAGAUACUAUUCUCGACUUUUCCUUUGGCUCGAUUGACAAUUUUGGUCUGGAUUACCUAUAUCUUUGAUUACUGGGGAUUCAGUAUUGCGGGGUCUUUCCUGCCGACCAUUCUACUUCAAAAGAACAAAGCCAUUGACAUUUCGACUGCAGAGACAUAUAGGAAUUUCGUUAUCAUUUAUGUCUGCGGCAUACCCGGUGUAAUGCUAGGUACGCUGAUGUACGUGAUCCCACGAGUUGGUCGCAAAUGGGCUAUGGUAGGAUCUUCGGCCCUUAUGGGCAUAUCGCUGUUCCUCUUCGCAACGGUCAACACCGAGGCUUCGAAUAUCGGACUAAAUGCAAUGGAAUACUUUUUUCAAUCCAUGUUCAACGCUGUCCUCUACGGAUGGACACCAGAAGUAUUCCCAGCACCAAUCAGAGGGACCGCGUCCGGGCUCGCAAGCUUUUGGGGUCGGCUGUUUAGUAUAGUCUCACCGUUGAUUGCGGCGGAUUUGCUUUCGAAGAGUGUCAACGGCCCGCUUUACCUGGCGGGUUCAGGCGUUUUCGUUUCUACUAUUGCCCUUGUGCUCAUGCCAACAAAGUCGAUGGGAGCACAGAGCUAUUGA